CGUCCCCAAGCCACGUCGCGCUUUGCUCGCCAUUUUCCCAUUUUCUGAAGCCAGAAUCAGUCUAUUCUAGUGUUACGGUGUCAGCUCAUACACUCAUCGUUACCAGAGACGAACGGAGCUCUUUAUACCUCUGCCGGAGCUCUCAUAAACAUGAACAUUUUCCGGCUAACCGGCGAUCUCUCCCAUUUAGCAGCCAUCAUCAUCCUGCUGCUAAAAAUAUGGAAAACCAGGUCUUGUGCCGGUAUUUCUGGAAAGAGUCAGGUUCUGUUUGCCUUGGUGUUCACCACUCGCUACCUGGACCUGCUCACCUCCUUCAUCUCUCUCUACAACACCACCAUGAAGAUCAUCUACAUUGGGUGCGCGUACGCCACCGUGUACCUGAUCUGUGCGAAGUUCAAGGCAACUUAUGAUGGCAACCAUGACACGUUCCGAGUGGAGUUCCUGGUUGUCCCUGUCGGUGGCUUGGCUUUCCUGGUCAACCAUGACUUCUCUCCCCUGGAGAUUCUGUGGACGUUCUCAAUCUACUUGGAGUCGGUGGCCAUCCUGCCACAGCUUUUUAUGAUCAGCAAGACUGGUGAGGCGGAGACCAUCACCACCCACUACCUGUUCUUCCUGGGACUCUACAGAGCCCUCUACCUCAUCAACUGGAUAUGGAGGUUCUACUUUGAGGGAUUCUUUGACAUGAUCGCCAUCGUUGCUGGGGUGGUACAGACCAUCCUCUACUGUGACUUCUUCUAUUUGUAUGUAACAAAAGUACUGAAAGGAAAGAAGCUGAGUCUGCCAGCUUAAGUGCCAAAGAAGAGGGUUCUGGCAGACUCAUGGAGGGUGAUCGGAGGGGAGGAGGAGUGGCAGUGGACACCUCCGACAGCCCCCAACCCCACCCUCCACCACCGCUUCUCCUCUUCCCCUCCCCCUCCCCCUCCUGCCAGUGUAAGAUGCCUGAGACAGAGAGCGAAUGGGAGCUGCUGGCUGCACCUUCUUCUGAUCCAGAAUCAGUGGAAUCAGAACACCUGCAGAGGCUGGUCCAUGGCCUUCGGAUUUCUGUUUGAUGCAUCUUGCCUUAACUUUUUUUUAUUACUCUGUAUAAAGGAAGGGGAAAAAAACCAGCGAGUUUUCUACAGAAAAAUGUGUACUCUGAAGAUUUGACACAUUGGUGAAUAAGAGCUGAAGAUGUAAAAUUGCCUUUGAUUUGGCAUUGUAUGAUAUUGAAGCGGACUUCUUGUGGUGGGAUAUUAUUGACUCAAGCGUUUGUAAUAGUAUUUGCAAUUUAAAUAAAUGUGCGUUGUUUUUCCUGAAUCAAUUUGGAGAGGAAUUUGUUGAAUCCUCAUAAUUUUGGUGGUCAAAUUAUUCAUGUUUUUUGCUCUUCUAUUUUUGACCACUAUGCAUUCCCAUGUACAAAGACUAUCUAUUUUAAUUUCCCGUGCCCUUGGUAGAACAUAAAUUGAAUAUAGAUGCCAUAAUUUAACAUUUUCUUUUCAGAAAAAGGAAGUUUUGUUCAAAUGACUUCAAAAUUGACAGUUAAUGACUUGCUUUUGUGUAAAUGAAAGUAAAGGGUUGAAACGGAACACCAAUGAACUCCCAUCAGUGUAAAUGGCUUUCUUCAUUAGCCAGUAAGGACAGUAUAUCGCCUGUAAGUAUACAUCACUGUCCAGCCCAUUCAUUUCAGAUGGCUCCUUUUUUAAAUGUUUGAGACGUGUGAAUUCACUGGUAAUGUGCUGUAUGUGAGUUGUCACCACAGAAAUGGAAGUCUUUCAUUUUUCUUUUAGGUGCAGAUGUAUUUAUGUCUUAUCGUCCUCCUGCUAUCUAAUAGACAGAGUCCGUAGUUGUGCAUCAUUUUAACAGCAGAAUUACAUCUGAGCACAAUCCUAUGGUAGCUGUUACACUCAAUCUUAAAUAGACAUAUCGGCUUCUAUUUUAGUUUCCACGCAUCAUUCCAAGCUUUCUUUUAAUUUCUUACCAGAGCUUUUGCAUGAUGUUGCCACCACAAAUAAAGACUUUCUGGGAAA